AUGCUUGAGCCUUUGUCUGAGGCGUCUGAAGAAAGCCCGGGCACCAAGGAGACGUCUGAAGAAAGCCCGGGCGCCAAGGAAGCCGAGCCGAAGAAGCCGAAGCGCCGCUGCAGCCGCCGUCGCCGCUGCAGCCGCCGCCGCCGCCGCUGCAGCCGCCGCCGCCUCUCUGACGGCUUCGACAGCUUUGCCACCUAUUUCGGAAGGGUGCUGCAGCGGGUCCAGGAGGGCCUGAGCCUCUCGCAGGAGGCCGUGAACGUCAUGGAUUCGUUCGUGAAGGACAUCUUUGAGCGAAUCGUCGACGAGGCGGCGCGCCUGGUCCGCUCCAGCAAGCGCUCCACCCUCACCUCCAGAGACAUGCAGACCUCCGUGCGCCUGCUGCUGCCUGGGAAGAGGGGCAAGCACGCCAUAUCCAGCGCCACCAAGGCGUUAAUUCGGUACAUCACCGGCAAAUGA